UGCACUAUCUGUUGGACUCAAGUUGCCAGGGGGAGACCCCCUGAAGAACCUAGAAACGAAUACAUCGUCAUAUAGCAAACUCAUGCCCACUCACACAGACCAGGAGACAUGUGUAUAGGCGGAAAAGUCGGCACGGUUUAUAUAAAUUUGAAUCGCUUGUUGCCCCAGCGGACAGUUCUUAUUAACUGGUGACUGCGAUUGGAAUAGCCAAGACUUCUGGCUGGGAAAUUUUUCUGGAGGCCGGACAAGUGCAGCAAAACCAAGGAACUAACCUCCGGUUUAAUUUAUUACAGAGGAAUUACGUCUGAAAUAAUCAAUACCACCUGAUAAGGUAUAUGUAAAACGAACGAACACUUCGGAAACUAAAGAUUUAUUUUGAUAAAGGAGGUGGCUAUAGAUACCAAAUACUUGUGAAACGCUUUUAAGCAGGAAUACCUCUUAGAAACUAUAAACAAAACCUAAAAAUACCUCUUAUCACCAAAAGGAAAUAUUUGUAAAUACAAAAUAUAUUUCAACGUAUGGAAAAGCUUAUCUAGAUAAAAAUUAAAUUUUAAAUAUUAAUUUAUAUUUCAAAUAGUAUAAUAUCUUAAAGCCGAAAUCUUGCAAUUCAAACUAUUUAAAGAGAAUAACAAAUCACUUAAAGAGAAAUACAUUUAUCUUUGGAUUAAGAAACUCUUAAUAAAGACUUAGGAAGAAUUAUCUAGAAGAACGAUCCUACAAAAAUGCAGAAACUCUUGCCCAGCCUGCUGAUUUUCAUUGGAUCUCUGCUGAUCGCCUCGGCAGACAUCUCUACACCCAUCAUAGGGGUUCUCACACAGGAGGUUUACACCGAUGGAUUGAUCUCACGGCACUUCGACAACAAGACCAGCUAUAUAGCCGCCUCGUAUGUGAAGUAUCUGGAAGGAGCUGGAGCCCGAGUUGUGCCGAUUUGGAUCGGUCGCAAUCGCAGCUACUAUGAAGAUCUCAUGUACAAGAUAAAUGGAGUUUUGUUGCCCGGCGGAGCCACUUGGUUUAAUCAGAGCAAUGGUUAUGCCGAUGCAGGCGAACAUCUUAUCCAGUUGGCCAUCGAACAAAAUGAACAGGGAAUCUUUAUGCCGGUUUGGGGAACCUGUCUUGGUAUGGAACUGUUGGUUUACAAACUGGCCAAUGGCACUGAACACCGGAUUGACUGCCAGGGAAAGGGAAUCGCCCUGCCAAUGGAGUUUAAAAAAGACUACAACAAGAGCCGACUAUUUGCCAACAUUAGUGAUGAUGUUGUAACGACUAUGAUCAAGGAGAAUGUAACUUAUCAUUGGCAUCAGUAUUGCUAUACGGAAAAGGACUUUGAAAGGGAUCUGCUAAACGAGACCUGGAGGGUUAUUUCCUUAAAUCGUGACUUGAAUGGCAAAGAGUUCAUUUCCACUAUGGAGCACAAAAAGUACCCCUUCUAUGGAGUACAAUUCCAUCCGGAGAAGCCGUUGUAUGAGUUUACCAAGACGAGUAUUCCCCACACCGCAGCUGCUGUGUUAAGUGGUCAAUUCUUCGCCGAUUUCUUUGUGAGCGAGGCUAGAAAGAGUAAUCAGAGCUUUGAGAAUGCCACGGAACAGGCCAGGACUUUAAUCUACAACUAUAAGCCGGAGUAUACAUCAAUUUUGGGUUCCUCGUACAUCCAGCAAUAUUUGUUCACCAACGCCGAAAUGGAAAUUCCAGAAAUUCCCGAUGAAGGCGGCGAUGGCGAUGGUGGCAUUAGUGGCCCCUAUAUCCCCAUCAUUAUACCAGGUGGUGGUAGUUCCACCAUCUUACCGCUCUUAAGUGGGUUACUCCUAACUCUGCUGAUCGUAUCAAUUAAUUAAUGGUGUGCAUUGCACAAAAUUUUGUCAAGUAAGCGUUGAUUAUCAUGUCUAGAAAUUGAAUUCAUUUACUCACUCGAUGUACUAUAUACGGAAUUUAGUUUUCAUGUUAUUUGAUUUAUUCAAUACCAUUAUCUCUGAAGUUAUUAUUGUGAUUGUUGCUCAAAUUAUUGACGUAACAAAAAAAAAUUAAAAGAGAUUGUCCUGUGACUCAAGUGGUAAAUAAAUGGAAGUAGUUCCCAAGAAGAGAUUA